UGUCUCUCACAAACCAGUUAGUCUUCUUGGAACUGCAACAAUGGUGCCGCAACCCAUUUUGCAUCUAACCCUUUUGUCAUUAAUAAUCUCUCUGACCACUCUUUCCUUGGUCGAUGCCGCCGAUCCCACAUUUGGCUUCACCCCUCUUGGAUUAUCUAGUAGCUCAAACUUGCAAAUCCAAAAGCCUUACGACGUUGCAGUCAACGAGCGCUACAGCUUUUCAAAUGGAGUGCACAGAUUUUGGGUAUACUCCACGGACAAGCCUCAUAUGCAAGGCAGCAAUACGAAGCCACGAACUGAGAUUCGUAUCGCUGGAUACGAUUAUACAUCCGGUGUGUGGCAAUUUCAAGGGUUUUUUUACGUGCCUAGUGGCACAAGCGGGGUGUGCAUCCAGCAAGUGUUUGGUGGAGUAACUUCUGCCACAACCUCGCAGACUAGGGUCUAUGGUGGUUCUCUCACUCAUUACCAAUCACCUACUCUGGAACCAAACAUCUAUAAUAGGUGGAUCCGGUUUAACGUGAUCCAUGAUGUGGGUGCCAACAAUGUGAAGAUUUUUCUUAAUGGGGAGGAUAAUCCCAGGUACAAUGGACCUGGCCGUGGAGCCAGCACUCACUACUUCAAGUUUGGGGUUUACGCACAGGAUGGUGCUUCCAACUACAUGGAAUCUCGUUGGAGGGAUAUCCAGAUUUUUAAAAAAUAGAAAUGCAGUGCUUUCCUUUCAGUUCCAGGUCUUAAUAACACAAGCAAAGAGCUUGUUUAGUUAACUAUAUAUGACUCUGAAUAAUUUACUUGGACUGUGAGAAGCACGGUUUACAAAUAAUAUAACUCUUGUAUUGUGUCUGUUUGAUGA